UACAUUUAUUUAUGACGUGGCAGAAUAAAGAUAAAAUACUGGAUUAUAAAGCUCUUGUUGAGCCAGUUUUUACCUUUAAAGCAUGUAUUAUGACAUUUUAUUUUAAUGACAUUAUGUUAGAAGUUUACUGAAUAUAACCAUACAACAUUGAUAAACAAAAUUUCAGUUAUAUACAUGUGUUAAAAGUUUAUCUAAACUAAAUAGUUUAAAAAAGGGAUAUUGACAUUUGAAGUUUGAAGGAUAUAAGAAGUGUGCAUUCAUGUUGAAAAUUGUGUACAUGUAUGUACAGGCACUAUUCCAAUUUCGCUUUUAGCCGUAAAUCACUGUUAAUUUGUGAUAGGGACUUUUUGUGCAUGAUCCAGGGUUUACUAUAAGGUAGAUGACUACAGUAUAGUUGAUGCAUUGGAAAAAUUAACCAGAAGUGAUACAUGUACACAGAUAUCUAGAGUGUAUGGAAUUUUAUGCUUCCUGCAUAAAUAGUUUAUAAACGGAUGAAUUUUUGGUUGCCAUGAGUUACGAGGAUUACCAGUACGAGUACAAUAUGGUGCCGGACCAGGACUAUGACGAAUACUGGCUUGAUGAGAAUAAAUUUUCUCAGCUUCCGUGGGAAGAUCUCAAGGGAAUGACAGUGACAUCAGGAAGUGUGGCACUGACAAAGGAUGAAAAGAAUCUGAUAGGGAUCAGUAUAGGGGGCGGAGCUCCACUUUGUCCAUGCCUAUAUGUGGUACAGAUUUUUGACAACACACCUGCAGCCAAGGAUGGAACCUUACAGUCUGGAGACGAGCUGGUGGGUGUGAAUGGACAGUCAGUGAAGGGCAGAACAAAAGUGGAGGUAGCUCGCAUGAUACAGUCUAUAAAGGGAGAUGUUAGUAUCAAUUAUAACAAGCUGCAUGCAGAUCCAAAACAAGGAAAAUCUCUAGACAUUGGUGAGAACGUUAUGAAAUUCUUGUUUUCUUUAUUUGAGAAUGAGUUGAAGACUUUAGUCCUCUGCAAGGUAAAUCGUAGGUUAAAGACUGACGAAAAGGGACAAAACAGAAAAGAGAGAGGGAUGAUCAGUGAUUUGAACACAUUUUUAAACAAAGCAGUACCUGACACCAGACUUACAAAAAAAAUCCUGGAAAUUUGUGAAUGCAGUAGAGAAAUCUUUAUACUGGGUGGUGAAGGAAUUUAUAUACAAAUUAAGACUGGAAAUUAUGAAAACAGACUAGUAUUGCGAUGUAGACAAGAUGCAAGGGUAAAAUUUGCUAAGAUGAGGUCUGAUGUUUUAGUCAAAAUGGAGCUUCUCGACCAAAAACAUGUACAAGACAUAGUGUUCCAACUGCAGCGGUUCGUGUCAGGUAUGGCCAAAUACCAUAAUGACUGUCACACUGUCAUGAAAACAGCCAUUGUGUUCCCAAUUGAAGUCGACCUUUCCCGAGGAACAUUCACUUACGACACAUCAAAUCAGUUUAACGAUGGCGAGGAGGAAGAGGAAGCCCAAGAGGAACGUGGGAUAGAAAUAUCAGGAGAUUUAAUAUCAACAGAUUAAUUAUGCUGCCAUUGAUUUCAUUUUCUCCAAAUUAAACAAUAUUCUAGCACUUUCAUAAGAUCCAUUUUCCAGAAAUCAAAUCUUUGCUUUAAUAGAUUGUUUGUGAUAAAUGAUGUUUUAUUUUAUUUUACAAAACUUGCAGCAGUGACGAUAUAGUUCCAAAAAUAUUCAGUAGUUUGCAUAAAAUUUCUCACAUAAGUUUAGAGUUAUUAUUUAAAUAAAUUCAUAGCCAUUAAGAUUAAUUUUUCAUCAUAUUCAUAUUUGGAUAAUCAUUUUGAACAUUGUACUGUCUUGGCAAAUUUUUUUGGGCAUAAUUUAUAUGACAAGAUAAUUUGAGUCUUGUAAUUGAUUUGAUAUUUAAUAGUGUGGCUAAUCAGUGCUUGUCUGACAGUGUAAAACCAUUAAAUUGUACACCCAGUGUGGCAUAUCUUUUAAAGUUCCACUUCAUAUGGUAUCUAUGUGUCAGACUUCAGAGUUGUCAGUUAAUAAUCAGAAGAAAGAAACAACAGUCAUGUUACCAGAAAAAAAGGAAAUUUCACUUUUAAGUAUUGAUUUUGUAUCAUGCAUUCUGUAUAACACUUUUCACAUUUUUUGUCAGAGAUAAAACAUGCUUUCAUGGGAACCAUUUAUACAUCUCUUCCCUUGUGUGAGAAUAUUUAUGUAAUUUAACAAAAAAAUAAUAGAAAUGAACUUGUAAACCCUUCUGUUUAAAUACAUUUCAUAAUUAGCAAUUUCUUCUUUAUUUUGUGUUAAAUGUUUCUUAUAUAGCAAGUGUUGUGCAAUAUUCCAUUUGACUUGUCUGUUUCAUUCCUUUAUUAUUGACUUCAUGUUUACUUUAAAGCAUCUUAAAGCUUACAUGUUUAUUUUUUCAGUGUUGAAAAUAAUUUGGUUUUGAAGGAUUUUAUUAGAAAGCAAAUGUUACUUAAUGCACACAGAAUAUAAUAUAGAGCAUGUGUAGUUGCCAUUGACUUACUGUAGAAACUUAAUUGCUUGUGUACCCUUCAACUUUUAAUUUGAAUGUAUUCAUUCUGUAUAACGUACAAGAUGUAUCAAUAUUAGAAUGUUACAUGAAUGAAGUGAUGUCAUAGUAUACAUACAUGUUUUUGUCUAACAGGAAUUUGGUAUAAAGUUUACAUGAACUAUGUGAACUAAGUGAUGUCAUAUAAUACAUAUAUUCCAUAUAUGUAACAGAAGUUUUCCCAUGGUUUCAAAGUAAUAUGCCAUUACCCUUACCUUUGUAUGUACUUAAAGUACCUACCAGUAUUUUACCUCUUUAUGUACUUUAAGUAUCUAUAUUUCUGAAGUACAUUUUUUUAAUUGUUAAAGAUUCUUAUGAAAUCCAUAGUAUUUAUUCUUUAUACAUUCCAAUUAAACUAUUGUACUGGGUACAUAUAAAGAAUUCCAAUUUUAUGAGAUUCAACAAUUUAAUUUUGUUAUUACAUUUUCAUACAAUGUUCUAAGAAUUGAUAGUGGGUACCUACAGAAUACUGUAAAUUCUGAAAUUUUCACGAGGGAUUUAAUUAUGCUAAAUAUUUGCUAACUGUCCAUGUUGGUGAAAGUAUUGUUAUAGUUAAAUACAGUAUACACUUUAAUAACAAGUUGCUCAUAUAUUGUGAAUAUUCUACCAUAUGAAUCAGUUUAAGAUACAGCAAACUUCUAGCCUGUGGGGGGGGGGGGGGGGGGGGGGGGGGGGGGGGAAUAUGUGAUUUUACGUUAUAUAGCAUAAGAUGUCAACAGUCAAUAGCAGCAGAUUAUAGUUCUGAAAUGUAAACUUUAAAAUAUUAAAGGCUUAUUAGGUCAGACACAUACAGGGAUACACAGACUUGUUGUUACUGCUGUAUUCAUUCAAUCAUAUAUUUCUUGCAAAUGCAAGUGAGAAGAAAGGCUGGAAGCAUAAGCUUUAAAGCUGUCAUAUUUACAGAUUAGGUAAACAUUUCUGAGAAAUUUACCAAAGAUCAAGAAGUUAACACUAUUUAUUCAUAUAUACUUAAGAGUACAUUGUUCAUAUUCUUUGUUGGAUGUUAAUAUGUUAUCAAAUGUUGUGAAAUAUUUUAUUGUAUACUUUCUUUGCAUUUAAUUUUUUUUUUGAUUGUAGAUCUGUUUAUUUAUAUUUCUUAUGUUGUUGUAAUUUAAAUUGUGAAAAGUUAAUAAAAAGUAUGACUUA